UAACGAACAUGGCGGUGAUGUCAAUUGUAACCCCAAAUCACAGUGCUUCAAAAUUGACAAUCUGGAAUUUAGCGAAUUUGAUGAAAGAUUGAUCCAAGCAAUCCCAUAACUGCUGUGCAUGUUCUUCCAUUAUCUUUUGAGCACUGUGUUUGGUAAUCUCUAUCUCAAAAACCUCACACAGUUUCAUGUCACAGUGUCAUGAUGAACACUGUUUGAAUUAGGCAAAUUUGUUUCAAUUUUGCAUUGUUGGUUUAAAUCCGAGGAGAGAUGAGGGAUGAGGAUUCCCUGCCGAUAUCAACACCCACAACAAUAUAUUCAUCAUCGGCAUUGAUCUCUAAUAAGAAGGAAACCCUAGAUUAUAGCAUCUUUAGAAGAGGCCGGUACAAGUUUUGGGCCCUCGCCGCCAUUAUCCUCCUCGCAUUUUGGUCAAUGUUUACCGGCACCGUCACUCUCCGCCUCUCCGUUGGCAACCUCAACCGAUUAUCCGAUGACAUCGCUAAUGGCCCUCCUAUCUAUGACGAUUUCGACGUCCUUGAAAUGGAGGAGCGAGAGAAAGUGGUGAAGCAUAUGUGGGAUGUAUACACCAAUAGCCGUAGGAUCAGAUUACCUCGAUUCUGGCAGGAAGCGUUUGUGGCUGCUUACGAGGAUUUAACAAGCGACACACCUGAAGUGAGAGAAGCUGCCAUAUCCGAGAUCGCUAGAAUGUCUUUACACUCUAUUCAUCUUGAUCCUCCUCCUCUCCAAUCAACGAAUUUACGAGAAUUAAGUUCAAGGCAUGCACAGCAAAACAACAACAAGGCGGGGCUUCCAAGAAAGUAUAGGUGAUUGUCGAUUGAUUAGAGAUCCAAGAGCCAUUCUUUUUUUAUACUCAUUAAAUUCCUCAUAUUGGUUUGCAGUUCGUAAAAAGUAGAGAAGAUUAUAUUAUAUUUAUAUACCCCACAGUUUUAUAUGUUUUUACACGUUUGUAUUUAUUUAUUUAGGCACCAAAUCUUGCAUCAUUUUUACUCUUUAUUUUGUUCAUACUUUCACAAACUUUCCAUCGUAUUGUAUGCACAUAAGGAUACAGUUGGUUUAAUUUGUUUCUUUUAAGGUA